UGUUUGAUAGCAUACCUGGAUAAAGUGAUAUACCUACCAAUAAGUCAGAUAACGAGUCGGAUAGAUUCCCACCAGUGUGAUAUAUCGGCAUAGUGAGCGCUCCCCGCCGGGAUUAGUGCGCACAUACACUUGGCAGGGAAGAAGUACAGAGUGUGGUUUCUACAGAGUGUUUGCAAGCAACAGGAUUAUGAAAAUAUGAGUGCAUCGACGCCAACGCAGCCAGCCGGGCCGCCGGUUCCGCCGGUGAAGCCAAUCCUGUCCUCCCCCGGUGCCUACAUGGCCAACUUCCAGUCGGGCUCACUGAGCGGGGCCGGAUCUCCCGGGUCGGUCGGCGGCGGCACGCCGGGUUCAACCGGGGUCAGCCCGGUGGCCCCGAUCACCGCCGGCAUCCACAGUAGCAACAAAACGCACGAGAAGCCAACGAUAGCGGCCCGGCCGAUUCCACCUCCAACGCUGCCAAAAUACUCGUCCUCGUUCAACAAGAUCGAUCGGGACCGGAACGAGUUCACCAAGAUUGACAAGGCGGAGCGUGAAAAGCUCCAGUCAAAGCGUGAAAUGUUCUUCAAAUCGGAGAGCAACAGUCCGUCUGGGCCGCCCCCGAAUCCACCGGUGUUAGGCAAUCUCAACCUGGCAAACAAUAACGUAGUGAAUAACAGCGCAUCGCAUCUAAACAAUGCCAGCAGCGAUAAGCAUCCACUAAACUCACAUACCACUAACAGCUCCAUCGGAUCUAACGUCACUAACAUGAACAACAACAACAACAAUAACAACAACCACAGCGGCGUCACAACCAAUGGCACCAGUGUGAACGGGCUCGCCAACAGUUUAAACAAUAUUUCGUUAAAAGAGAAACGUGACGCAAUCCUGAAUGCCAACCACCACCCACACGACGGGAUGCUGCAGAACAACGGGCACCACGAUUCCAACAAAAUUCUCAACGAACGACACGAGAAGGAAAAACCAAUAGUCAAAUCCAAACCCAAAGAGCUGGACGGCUACGUUGGGUUCGCGAACCUGCCGAACCAGGUGUACCGGAAGGCAGUGAAAAAGGGUUUCGAGUUCACGCUGAUGGUUGUUGGUGAGGCCGGUCUAGGCAAGUCAACGCUAAUCAAUUCGCUGUUCCUAUCGGAUGUGUACCAUCCGGAGCAGCACCCGGGACCGUCGAAGCGGAUCAAAAAAACGGUGACAGUGGAAAGCACGAAAGUAUUACUAAAAGAAAACGGUGUCAAUCUAACCCUGACAGUCGUAGAUACUCCCGGGUUCGGCACUGCCGUAGAUAACAGUAACUGUUGGGUUCCCAUCGUGGAGUUUGUCGAAAAUAAGUACGAGGAGUAUUUGACGGCGGAGUCGCGCGUGCACCGGAUGGCAAUUCCCGACUCGCGGGUGCAUGUGUGUUUAUACUUCAUCGCCCCGUCGGGGCACGGGUUGAAACCGUUGGACAUCGAGUUCAUGCAGCGGUUGUGCGACAAGGUCAACAUCAUUCCGGUUAUUGCCAAAGCGGACACUCUGACGCCCGAGGAGAUUACUCAUUUUAAGAAACAGAUUCUCAACGAAAUUGCACAACACAAGAUCAAGAUCUAUGACUUCCCGGAUCCAUCGGACGAGGAGGAGGACGCCAAAACGCUACGACAACUGCGGAGUCGAGUGCCGUUCGCCGUCGUGGGUGCUAAUGCCAUCAUCGAGAUUGAUGGUCGCAAAAUCCGUGGUCGUCGGUAUCCAUGGGGAGUUGUAGAAGUUGAAAGCCUAGACCACUGUGAUUUCAUUGCACUGCGAAAUAUGGUUAUCCGGACGCAUCUGCAAGACCUCAAGGACGUCACCAACAACGUACACUACGAGAACUACCGCUGUCGAAAGUUAGCCGGUUUGGGUAACGACGGAAAAACCAAACUGAGCAAUAACUUAUGCAAUAUUGGAACGAUUAACGCAAACUCAUUUGGUACUGGAUGGAACCCGCUGGCCCAGAUGGAGGAAGAAAAACGCGAACACGAAUCCAAGAUGAAGAAAAUGGAAGCCGAGAUGGAACAGGUGUUCGAAAUGAAGGUCAAGGAGAAGAAACAGAAACUGAAGGACUCCGAAGCCGAGCUCACCAGAAGGCAUGAGGAGAGGAAAAAGGCUUUGGAGCUUCAGGUUCGCGAGCUGGAAGACCGCCGGAAAGCAUUCGAAAUCGAGAAAGCCGAGUGGGAACAACAGAACGGCGUCACGCUCGAGGAGCUCCGACGUAAGAGUCUCGAAGCGAACAGCAAAGAAACCGUGGACGGUAAAGACAAAGGUAAGAAGAAGAAGGGUCUGUUCUAAGGGCUGACAGAAACCAAAAAAAAUGUGGCGUCUCCGUCGUGUGGUCGUCCCCCUCCGAUCUGCUCCCUCGGUAUCCCCUUUGGCUAGGUGUACGUACAUACACGGUCAAGCACAAAUUCGAUUCGUAUGAAACAAUGAAAGAAAGAACGAACGAAUGCAAUGGCGCCCAAAUCCAAUCAACCAAUCGACAUAGACCACGCACUGACGACCCUCUUCUAUUACCACCGCCUACUGUUAACACCACUACUAUUACCGCUCCUACAACACUACUCUCUACAUGCUCUAGUACUACCAUGUAGAAUCUACUACCUACCACGCUCUAGUUACUACUUUCGCAACAGCUCGCUUCGGUUUUUAUACGAGUAUAUAAAAUAAAACAAAGGGACAAGAAUGCCGUCGUGUGCGUGCGGAGGCGUGCGUGUUUUGUAGUUUGCACUGUAAGCGAGAUCGUCACUUACAACAUACAUAACAUACCAACACGAAAGAAAAAAAAAGAAGACGACGGACCAACAACGGUAAAACACACACUCAAACACAAUUUCACGACACCACGGUUUAUAUACGCUUCAUUUAGAAUCCGUUUCGUGUACGGCAAUUUUGACGAAUCCGAUCUGCGAAAGUAAUGCUAGUGAACAGAGUGUAAAUCGACGACGAUAAUUUAGGAGGAACGUAGUAGAUUAUGUAAAUCUAGUACAUAUGAAUUGUAAUAAUAGGAUACUAAAACGUUCGCUCUAGUACCGCGCAGCAAAAUAAAAGAACAUUUAUUGCAAUGUCAGUUUGUCCCUGUUUGAAUCGGUUUAAUAUGUAAGAUUUUUUUUUCUUAUGUGGAAAAGAUGUGAGAAAUAAUGAUAUUCAAUCGCUUAGUUAAUAGGUUGAACAAUGGUUUUCAUUUACUAUACAGUGGCAGAACAUAAUAUGGGGCUUUCAUUUUGGUGGAAAGCUCUCACACACGCGUUCGUAUAUGCUCAGAUGAACACACCAACACAUGCACUUGUGCAGUAAUCGAUCGACACCACCCACGCAGAUACACCAUGCAAGGCAAUGUAAGAAUUAACAGUGUACGUGUUAGGGGUGUCCGGUAUAAAAAGAGGAAAAAUUACAAGAAAUUUUUGUGUAAUCGUCUAACGGAUAUGCCAUAUAUAUUUAGAGUAUGUAUAUUUAUUAAAUUAUUUUAUUUUUUAAAAGUUUAUUUUUAUAAAAUAGAGUUUUUUGAAACUUUUAUACACACCUACACGCCGAGGGUUAGACAUACAAUACACACGCAAACCGCGAGAUAUACAUAUAUUUGCUUGAUUUAGGUUAUAGGAAAAGCAUCAACCAGCGGGUAGAAAACAGGAACGACAGCGUACACAAAACCGAGCAGCUAUGACGCUAGUUGUUUUGGCGAGCUUUUCAAACAGCAUUGUAGGUUAAGGUACUUGUUUAUAAGUGAGAUACAGUUUCAAACAGCACCGUUUAACCGAAAAGAGCACACAGAAGUCAAUAUAGAUAGAGAAAAAUGUUGUAGAGAUGAGAGAGUAUCUUGUAUUCUGCUCACAGAAGCAUGGCAACAAUACAGGUUCACGGCAAUUUUAUCAUCGAUUUCGAUUAGUUGUAUAGCUACGAGGUAGAAACAAUAGGCAAGAUUAGUCAACUUUGGAACAAAUCCUAGGAUUACACAAUACAGAAGCACUUUGUCGAUUCAGAACAUCGUUAGAGUUCUACUUUUAUAUAAUUCAUAUUUUGCUCGAGUAAUGUUUUUGGUAGUAGGUCGUUAUUUUUUUGUAAUUUUAACACAUAUGAAUAUUUUUGAAAAAUGGCAAACGCUUGUAUUGGCGUACAAUGGUUGUAACAAUUUUUGCACCAUUUUAACUUCUUUUUGAGCACCCAGAAUUUCUGCCAUCUUAGAAACAAACAUACAACGAAAAUAUAGUUAUCUAUAUCGAUCAACAGCUUGUAGUCAACUUUCUUCCAAACGAUGUUACUCUCUCAUUAUCUCUCUCUGUCUCAGCUUGUUGUUAUUACACUGAUCAAGUAUCGGAUACGCCUGCUUUUUUUCCGGCGCGUAUAAUCCUGACACAUUUAGGGUAUAUCAAGUUUCCUGUUUCUACUCUUGGUCGUAUUGAAACUACCGUAUUGUACCGAAUUUCCAAAAUCAUUGCUAUUUAGUCUCUUUUUUCAGAAACAUUGGCUUGUGAACCUUAUAUUAUCUGUACAAAACGAAAGGUUUACAUACAAAUAUACUCGUAAUAUGAACGAUAAGAUUUUUUCUGAAUUAAAAAAAAACUAGUAUCGUUAAAACGUCUGUAAGAGAGGAAAGCGGCAGAAUAUAUAUUUAGAAAGAAAGACGAAACGAAAAUGGGUAUGAGAAGCGUUGGUAGUAUUCCCCUCCUCAAGUAAAAUAGACACAGAUAAACACUUAUAACAAAGAAAAUAUAUUUAGUGGAAAGCAAAACAACAGAAGUAAAAUAAAUCAAGAGACUGAUACACUAUAUUGCUCAAAAAGAGAAAAUCCACACAGUUGUCCCCAAAUGAUUUCCAAAUUAAUAUAGUUCAUCCAUCUAAUUCGAUGCACACUACCGUCAAUGCUUGAUGCAAUAAAAUAAAAAAAAACACAUUCCUUAAAAAGUUAGUUUCCAGCACUUUUUUUUCUCAAAAUUUGGAAAUGCAGUGCGAGCUCAUAUUUACACUGAAUUAAAUCUGGAAUGAGAACAUGGAAAGAGUUUCACUCAAUAUAAAAACUAAACAAACUAAGGUGUAAAAGAAAAACCACCACUCAAAAUAGGUAUCAGUCUGUGUAGUCUUAAACGAAAUUUUAACCUCUUCGUCGACAAGUAGCCGUAAAAUCUCCUAAUAUAGAGUGGACUUACCUACUUGAACAUCGCGACGAGUAUAGACAACUUUCGAACAAAAUUUCACUUGAAUCCAAAACCAAACACCGUCAAAACACGAUGACAAAAUCCGCAACACAAAAAUAAAAGUUCAAAAUAAACUUGAUAAAUGCUUAACAAA